GGAGAAAUGAGAUCACGAUUUUCACGAACAGGAACCGGAGCUGCCGCCGCUGCCCUGGCUGCCGCUUCCCCUCCCUGCGCGGGUCCCGCAUUACAUCACCGGCGACAGCAGCCCGAGGGGGGAGGCAGAAGCGCCUCCUCCCUGCCGAGAGCCGAGGCGACGACCGAGGGGGAGGAAGACUCCUCACCUUGCCCCCGAUGAGGGGCGGAUCAUGCCAUGGCAGCGCCGGCGAGCGACAGCGGCGGCGGCGGCGGCGAGCGGAGCCCAACCAGCAGCCCCGGGAGCUCGACAGGAGCCGGGGUCGCCGCGGCGGGAGCCCGGGACGGCGGGGACGCGGCCGCUCGGAGCGCCGCCGUGACCGUCCCCGGACUGCCUCCGCUCGAGGACUACGAGUGCAAAAUCUGCUACAACUACUUCGACGCGGACCGGCGCGCGCCCAAGCUGCUGGCGUGCCUGCACACCUUCUGCCAGGAGUGCCUGAGCCAGCUGCAGCUCCGCGCCGCCGCCGCCGCAGCCUCUGCGAGCGCCGCUCCUGAGCGCCCGCUGCGCCCGCCGCCCUGGCACGGCCCGCCCGGCGCCAUCGCGUGCCCCGUGUGCCGCCACCGCACGCCGCUGCCCGACAGCCGCGUGCACGGCCUGCCCAACAACACCAAGCUCGCCGAGGCCUUCCCUCUGGCCCUGCGCGCCGCGCACGACCCGCUGCCCCAGGACCGCCUCCCGCCGCUGCCCGCGCGCCGCGCCGCGCCCGCCGCCGCCGCCCUGCCGCCCGCCCCGGCCCCGGCCCCGCCGCCGCCGCCCGCGGAGGACGCCGCUCGCGAGCCCCGCGCCCGCGCCGGCCUGCGCGCCCCGGGCGCCUACGAGAGCUGCCAGAACUGCAAGCGCGCCGCGCUCACCGCCGGCUGCGUGUGCGUCGUCUUCUCCUUCCUCUCCAUGGUGGUGCUGCUCUUCACCGGCCUCAUCUUCGUCAACCACUACGGCGGCGGCGGCGGCGGCGGCGGGGGGGCACCUCCCGGCGGCGGGGCGCCCCCUGGCGCUGCCCCCGCUGCCGGGUCGCCCUCGCCCGUGGGGCCCAUCUGUCUGUCGGUGGCCAGCAUCCUGGCGCUCUUCUCGGUCGUCGUCACUUGGGUCAUCUGCUGGCUCAAGUACCGGCCCGAGGGCGCGGCCGCUGGCUCGGCGGGGGGCGGCGGGGGCGGCCCGAGGGCGCGGGCGGCGGCUGGCGGCGGCGCGCGGAGGAGCGACACGUAACGGGGCCUCAAGCCGGGCCUCCGCCAGCACCUCCAGCCCCCGCGCGGCCGGAGGGGGGGGGGGGCUCCGGCUCCGCGCGCUCGAGCUGCGCCCCCUCAGUGCGGCACCCGGACGCCCGGCCACCACCGGGCCUCGGCGUCGCGUCUCUCAGGCCUCCCACGCCCCGCCUCCUCCGCGCGGGGUCGGCGACGGACCCCGAGGAGGUGGGGAUGCUGCUGGGGAGUCCCGUCUCUGUGGACUGUGCAAGAUCGCCCUCCGCUUCACGCACCACCCAGGUCCUCGCCAGAGUGCACGGCCGUCCCUCCCCCGAGUCCGAGGAUUUGCAAAGAGAAGGAGAAGAGGAGUGGGCCCCCCGCCGCCCCGCCCGAGAGCUGAUUUUCUGGCUGCCGCGACCGAAGUUUCAGGGGAGAGGUACGCGCGCGCACGUCUGCCGCAGUUGUGAAAGGACUUGAAUUGUCCAGAGCAAGGAUGAAUGAGAUGUCCACGUGACAGAAGGGUGUCCCCGCUUCCUGGCUGUCCUGGAAGGCGAGUGAGCCCGGGGCGCUGAGAGUGAAGUCCACUCCCCGGGGACACGGCGCGGGAGAGCGGGGCGGCGGCACACGAGGCCAGCCGCGCGCAGCUGGGCGCCCCCCGCCCUCCCCGGCAGGUGCGCAGCGCGCCUGCGCGCUGGGGCUGCCGCCACUCAGCCGACGGGAGAGGUGGCGGCGCGCGCAGGGCUGCCGGUGCCGCGGCUCCCAGCUCGGCGGAGUCCAGAAGUCCCAUCCUGAAAACUUAGGAUUGUUUUAUUCACAGUGUUACUAUACCAGGAAGUCAUUUCAUCUUCUGUAACUGGACUCAGGGAGCUUAAAAAGCCCGUUCUCUCUUCUCCUCUCAAAACUGACUUACUGUUGCCCCCACCUGGAAGAUACUGAAAGCUAUUCACGCAGAAUAUAAGCUGUAGGCUUCCUCUGCCUUUUUUUCUUCAUUUCGUUUUUAAAAUAAUUUAUUCUAGGAUGUAUACAUCUGGAAAUUUUGUGCAUUUAAAUUUCCAGGGAAGUGUUUGAUAAGCAGUAAUAUUUCUCCCGUACCUCCAGUCCAAAUACAUUUCAAGAUUAGGAGCAGAAAAUAAAGGCGUGUUAGUGAUUGGUUCAAGAUUUUAUACCGUGAACAACUACUGACUUUCAAUUAUCUGAUAAAAUAGAAAAUAGCUCCCAAAGACGAAACUGACAAGGCUUUCUUCCUCUGAUUACAAAUAUAUGUCACACUUACCGGGAAAAUACCAUUUUGAAUUUAACUGUUUGAUAUUGGAAAUCACUGAAAGGUUCACAUCGGUCAUAUUAGAUGAAAAAGAAAACAUAUCUACCUGAUUUUGUAACUAAAAAGAUGUAUUACGAGUGUAUGUUGCAGGUGGAUUAGAUGCCUUUUUGAAGAAAAAAACCCCACUGUUUCAAAUGUAUUUUAUAUGAAAACAUUCUUUAUUCCAUCUCUUGAAAUUUG